GUGAGGAGGGAAGUUGUCGAAGUUCGGGGAGACGCCCGGCCGCCGGCCUCGCCUACGGCCUGUCCCUCCGCCUCCUUCCCGCCCCGGGCCUCGUCCGCCCGUCCUUCCUUCCCCUCCCGUGCAUGAUGGAAACACCAUGGCUGCGGCAGCCCAGCUCUCCCUGACACAGUUGUCAAGUGGGAAUCCUGUAUAUGAAAAAUACUAUAGACAGGUUGAUACAGGCAAUACUGGAAGGGUGUUGGCUUCAGAUGCUGCUACAUUCCUGAAAAAAUCAGGGCUUCCAGACUUGAUUCUCGGAAAGAUUUGGGAUUUAGCUGACACAGAUGGCAAAGGUGUCCUGAAUAAACAAGAAUUCUUUGUUGCUUUGCGGCUUGUGGCAUGUGCCCAGAAUGGACUGGAAGUUUCACUGAAUAGCUUGAACCUGGCUGUUCCCCCACCAAGAUUUCAUGACUCCAGUAGUCCUUUGCUAACCAGUGGAACUUCAGCCACCGAGCUCCCUUGGGCUGUAAAGUCUGAAGACAAAGCCAAAUAUGAUGCCAUUUUUGAUAGUUUAAGCCCAGUGGAUGGGUUUCUGUCUGGUGAUAAAGUGAAACCAGUGUUACUCAACUCUAAGUUACCUGUGGAGACCCUCGGAAGAGUUUGGGAGUUGAGUGAUAUUGACCAUGAUGGAAAGCUUGACAGAGAUGAAUUUGCAGUUGCCAUGUUUUUGGUAUAUUGUGCACUGGAGAAAGAACCUGUGCCAAUGUCCUUGCCUCCAGCCUUGGUGCCACCCUCUAAGAGAAAAACGGUCAGUAUUUCAGGCUCCAUGUGGUUGAUCCCCUCUUCAGCAGCCAAGGAAUCUUACCACUCCUUACCACCUGUAGGCAUUUUACCUACCAAAGCACCGUUAAGACAGAAACUUCUCUCCUCUCUCCAGUGGGUUGUAACCCCUUCAGAAAAGGCUAAAUAUGAUGAAAUCUUCCUAAAAAUUGAUAAGGAUAUGGAUGGAUAUGUAUCUGGAAUUGAGGUCCGUGAAACCUUCCUGAAAACAGGUUUACUUCCUGGCUUACUAGCCCACAUUUGGGCUCUGUGUGACACAAAGAACUGUGGGAAGCUUUCAAAAGACCAGUUUGCCUUGGCUUUUCACUUAAUCAAUCAAAAGUUAACAAAGGGCAUUGAUCCUCCUCAUAUUCUCACUCCUGAGAUGAUUCCACCAUCAGACAGGUCUAGUUUACAAAAGGCCAUCACAGGAUCAAGUCCUGUUGCAGAUUUCUCUGCUAUUAAGGAACUAGAUACCCUUAACAAUGAAAUAGUUGACCUGCAGAGGGAAAAGAACAAUGUGGAGCAGGACCUUAAAGAGAAGGAAGACACAGUUAAGCAGAGGACAAGUGAGGUUCAGGAUCUUCAAGAUGAAGUUCAAAGGGAGAGUAUCAAUCUGCAAAAACUCCAGGCCCAGAAGCAGCAGGUGCAGGAGCUCCUUGAUGAGCUGGAUGAGCAGAAGGCCCAGCUGGAAGAGCAGCUCAAGGAAGUCAGGAAGAAGUGUGCUGAGGAGGCCCAGCUGAUCUCUUCCCUGAAAGCUGAAAUAACUAGUCAAGAAUCUCAGAUCUCCACUUACGAGGAAGAGCUGUCAAAAGCUAGGGAAGAGCUAAGUCGCCUACAACAAGAAACAGCACAGUUGGAAGAAAGUGUGGAAUCCGGAAAGGCUCACCUGGAGCCCCUUCAGCAGCACCUCCAGGAAUCCCAGCAGGAAAUUAGUUCAAUGCAAAUGAGACUGAUGGAAAUGAAAGAUUUGGAAAAUCAUAAUGACCAGUCAAAUUGGUGCAGUAGCCCACAAAGCGCUCUUGUAAAUGGCGCUACAGAUUAUUGUAGCCUCAGCACCAGCAGCAGUGAAACAGCUAACCUCAAUGAACAUGCUGAAGGUCAGAACAAUCUAGAAUCUGAACCUAUACACCAGGAGUCAUCGGUGAGAAGUAGUCCUGAAAUAGCACCCUCUGAUGUGACUGAUGAAAACGAAGUUGUGACUGCAGCUGAUAAUGAAAAAGUUAGUCUCACAUUUGAUGAUGACAAGCAUUCAAAAGAGGAAGAUCCAUUUAAUGUAGAAUCAAGUUCACUGACAGAUCCAGUUGUAGAUGCAAACUUGGAUUUUUUCCAGUCUGAUCCUUUUGUUGGCAGUGAUCCUUUCAAGGAUGAUCCUUUUGGAAAAAUUGAUCCCUUUGGUGGCGAUCCUUUUAAAGGUUCAGAUCCGUUUGCAUCUGACUGCUUCUUUAAGCAGUCUUCUGCUGACCCUUUUACCACUGCAGGUACUGACCCUUUCAGUGCCUCCAGCAACAGCAGUAAUACAUCGAUAGAAAUUUGGAAGCACAAUGACCCAUUUGCUCCUGGUGGAACAGUUGUUGUUGCAGCUAGUGAUUCAGCCACAGACCCUUUUGCUUCUGUUUUUGGAAAUGAAUCAUUUGGAGAUGGAUUUGCUGACUUCAGCACAUUGUCAAAGGUCAACGAUGAAGAUCCUUUUAAUCCUGCCGUAUCAAGUUCUGCCAGCAAUGUGGUCAUUCCAAAAACUGUGUUAGAGGAAACAUCCACCAAGAGUGAGGAUGUGCCUCCAGCACUGCCGCCCAAGAUUGGAACUCCAACAAGACCCUGCCCGCCACCCCCUGGGAAAAGACCCAUCAACAAAUUGGAUUCUUCUGAUCCCUUUAAACUGAAUGAUCCAUUUCAGCCUUUCCCAGGCAAUGAUAGUCCCAAAGACAAAGAUCCUGAUAUGUUUUGUGAUCCAUUCACUUCUACUACCACUACCAAUAAAGAGGCUGACCCAAGCAGUUUUGCUAACUUCAGUGCUUAUCCCUCUGAAGAAGAUAUGAUUGAGUGGGCGAAGAGGGAGAGUGAGAGAGAAGAAGAGCAGAGGCUUGCCAGACUCAAUCAGCAGGAACAAGAGGACCUGGAACUUGCUAUUGCACUUAGCAAAUCGGAGAUAUCAGAAGCGUGAGGGGAUAGUUGUCCUUCGUCAGCAGGACAGCAGUGCUCUUCUUGGAUACUGAAGCUAUUUUCCAUGUGCAUCAAACUACCUAUGAGCAUGGGAUACAAAAAGUUUGAGAUUCCUAUAAAUGUGACAAAAGUGUAGCUUGUUUCUUUGGGGGGGCUAUUUCAAAUGUGUCUUUUAUUUUUUCUUCCAAAAGCAGUACCCUAAUUAGACAGCUUCACCUAGGCCCCUGUUCUGCUGUGCAUUUACAGUGAGCUCUUGCCUGCUUAUACUAUUCCCUGUAAAGCUAGAGCACCAAGCCUCUGCCUUCUGGAACCUAGCAGAUGUAGUUUUGCACUGUGCUGCCCUUGUUCCUAUGACAGCAACUGGAGUUCUGAGAGUGUGAGGUUUUCUCCCUGAGCUGAGAGGUUGAAGGGAAAGGAGAAGACCAUCCUGUUUCUUUUCUCGGUACAAAUUAGCCAGUUAAAAGUGUACUUCUGGAGAAAAUGCAACUUGUUAUCUAAGACAAGGCAACAUUCUGCAAAGAUCAACUCCACUGGAUGAAUAAAUUUAAACCAUUAUUGCUCCAGGCUCAAGUAAUUCCUAAAUAAAAGCAUUAAAGCCUUGUGUGUGAAACCUUUUUAAAACAGCUUUCUCUGGACUUAAAGUGGUUUAAUAUUAACAGAUACCUCGCUGCACACUUCCUAGUUAUAAAACAACCAAUUUCUUGCAAAUCAAAUUUGUAAGGAAAUGUUCAUUUUAAGUGCUAGUGAGGAAAACUUGUAACUUAAAAUACAGCCUGUCAGUUUAAGCAGUGAGCCUGGACCCAUCUGCCUUUGCAGCCACACUGGCCUUCUUAGUUCAGAAGUGUUCUGAACUAGAAUUGGAAGGUACUUGGUUUUCCAUUGUAUGUUUUGUUUCUUUAGUGGCGGCCCAGCUAUUUGCAGUGAUACAAAUGAAAGAAAUAACAUAUAUUCCCUCGCUUUUUGUCUGUCUUUGUAGUUUAAAUUACUUCAUUUACUUUAUUUUUUCAUCUGUAAGAUUGGCAAUCUACCCGCUACCCCAUCCCCCCAAAAAUUUCCUGGUUUUUAAAUUGGGAGAAAAAUAAACAGACUUACCAAAAUAUCAGAGCUCUGCUUUUGUUAUACCCAUCUUCUGCUAGACUGGCCUGACAGACAGCUGGAUUUGAAAUGAACUAUGACUAUAAAUUGUAUCUUUUUUUUUUUAACAUGAGUUACUAAUUUAGUGUUUUCAAUACCAAGAUAAAGAAAAUACACCUACAAACUAAUAAAAAUUCUCUAGGGUCACCAAGUUAAGGUGGUAUUGAACUGUGUUGACCAGAGUAACUUACUGCCUGGCCUAUAAAUAAAUCCACAGUACCUAAUCAGUCCGUCUGGAAAUGGUGCUUCCUUCCUUCCUUCCUUCAUUCUUUCAUUCUUUCAUUCUUCCUCUUUCUUUCUUUCUUUCUUUCUACACACUAUUGGAUGGCUGGAAUUUAAAACUACCACCUUCUUUUUGCACUGCUAACUUUUUUCUGCUUUUGUAAAUAAAUAUUUCAGCAUAAAAGUCAUACAUACGACAUAAGGGCUGAAUCAUAACCACAAGGCUUUAAUUGUGAUAACUAAUCCAGUGACCUAAGUAUUUGCUGCAAACGGUGACUGAGAAGGUCAUGUUGAGAGUGUGAUAGGCAAUGUUUUCUGUUUGUUCCCCCUUCCCCUCUCUCUUCAGGAGAAAGGUAAGUUGACUUGAAUAACCUUCUUUUGCACUGAGAAAAGUGAAAAAUGUUUGAAAUGCUUUAAAAUUUUUUAAUUAAAAGAUACUCUGGAAAUAUUAAAUAUCUGUAACUUAAUAAACAGCAACUUCUGAUGUGUAGUAAGUGUGCCCUAAUCUUCAGUGCACUUAGCUGGGUCAUAGAGACUCAUCCUUGGUUAAGAUAUGUAUACUCAGUGGGCCAAUGUCGUACUAAACUGUGUAUAUAUUAUAUAAACAUAUCUAUAUCUCCAUGCUUGAUUGUAUAGGACGAAUGUCUUAAGAGUCAUUUGUGAUGUUUUAUGGUGUUGACCCUGGCUCCAGAGCCUGCGCUUGAAACAAAGACAAAGUUUUAACCAUCUUUUACCUAUUUGUUCAGCUUUAUUUGAGCUCUCUUCACAGAAUUUUUCUCAUGUUUCAAACUUAUAACUUACAGUUGUAAUUACAAGAAUAAUAAACUUUAAGAAAUAAAAAGUUACUAUCUAUCAUUUUGCAUUGAAGCUUUGUACUCUUCUUUGCUUGAGGAGGGAUAGGUGUGCCAUUGGCAUGCGUUAUCCUGUAUAAAAUGUUUUGGACAGUAUUAUAUAGAAUAAAUAAAUGUUGACUAUC